CGGAGCCCGGAGCCCGGAGUCCGGAGUCCCGGACGGGACUCCCGCCCCGGCCGAGAGCAGGCGGCGCGGGGCGGUGCGGGGAGCCGGUGGUCAUCAGUCCGUCACCGGCUCCGGGCGUGACCCCACGGCGCGCGGGGCGGAGCCAGCGCGCAGCGGCGGCGGCGGGCGGGCGACAUGCAGCGGGACAGCGGCCAGGCUGCGGUUUCAGCCCCCGCAGAAGUCUUGCCGCCCAGGACCUCCGUGAUCCAGUCCUGCCAGGACUCGGCAGCAGUGCUCAGGCAGCGCGUCCCGGCGCUCGGCCCAGGGGACCGGCAGGAGCAGGAGGAGAAUCCGCGCAAGAAGCGGAAAGGAGGGUGGCCCAAGGGCAAGAAGCGGAGGCCAGCGAGUGACCAUCCUGUCCCACACGCUCCCUCCACAGGGUACGUGCUGUUUCUCAACGAGCAGAGGACACAGCUGCAGGCCCAGCACCCGGACCUGCCCUUCCCGGAAAUCACCAGGAUGCUGGCCGCGCAGUGGGCACAGCUGUCCUGGGAGCAGAAGCAGAAGUACAUGUCCGAGGCGGACGAAGACAAGCCACGCUGCGUCCGGGAGCUGCCGGCCCCCCAGGGCUCCGAGGCCAGCCAGGCCUUCCAGCUGGCCCCGCCAGGCGGUGCUGCCGGCAGUGAGCCGCACAGCGAGGGACUCAGCUUCUCCACGGCGGAGAGGGCGGAGGGCAGCGGCCCGCAUUGCCGCACCUGCAGCUGGGCCCUCAGCAGCCCGCACAGCAAGAAGGAGUACCUGCUGGGCCGGCAGCUCCGGCUGGACCUCACGGGGGGAUUCGAGGCGGAUCCCACGGAGUUCUCCCAGCACCCGGAGCCGCUGGCGGAAGGCAGAGGCCAGAGCCGGAACCGGGGUGGCUGGGCCGAGGACGCGGAGGGCCCGCAGCCACUUCUGCUCGGGCCGUUGGGUCCGGGGGCGAGCGGCGGCUCCUUCGACCUGUGCUUCCUGCAGGAGUUCAUCUUCAGGCUGCUGAAAAACAAGGACCAUGAGCUCCAGGCACUGAGGAAGAGUCUGGAAAAGGCACAAGAGGAGCAGGAGGCUCUGCAGGCACUGCUGGGACAGCUGCAGAGCCGGAGGCAGAGCCUGGAGCAGGAGCUGGCGGGGCUGCGCGCCUACGGGCUGGUCCUGGAGAAGGAGCUGGAGAGUGUGUAUCGGGCGCGGGCACUGUGGCCCCCCGGGCUGCCGGCCACGUUCACGGCCUAAGGCAGGCUUCCUGCGCCCGGAGGCCCGCGUCUGUCCCCGGAGCUGGAGACCUCAGCCUCAACGGCGUCCUGGGGGAAUGUCGGGAGAUCCAGAGAUUCGUGCCUUGCGGUCAGGACAGCAGGACGCCGGCUCCCGAGGAGAAAUAAAGCGUCUGUGUGUCUGCA